CACUAUACCAUAGCGUAGCAGAGCAGCAUUUGCUAGAGAGAGGGAGAGAGAUGGGUCUCCUUUCCAACAAGGUAGAGAGAAGCCAGAUCAAAGCAGGCGAUCACAUCUACACCUGGAGAGCCAUUUACAGUUACUCUCACCAUGGCAUAUAUGUUGGAGGAAGCAAAGUGGUUCAUUUUACACGGGAACCAGAUACGGGUUCAAGUGUGGCAACCUCCCUCAAUUCUAGUUUAAAUUCAAAGCUUCCAUCAGUCUGUCCAACCUUUCCUGACUGCGGCUUCAGGCAACCCAACAGUGGGGUUGUCCUCUCUUGCCUGGACUGUUUUUUGGGGAAAGGACAUCUGUAUUGCUUCGAGUAUGGAGUUACGCCUUCUGCUUUCCUUGCCAAGGUCCGGGGUGGGACAUGUACAACAGCGACAUCUGACUCCCCAGAAACAGUUAUCCACAGGGCAAUGCAUCUGCUUCAAAAUGGGUUUGGGAACUAUGAUGUGUUCCAAAACAACUGUGAAGACUUUGCAAUGUAUUGCAAGACUGGACUUCUGAUCCUUGAUAGCAAGUCAGCUGUGGGAAGAAGUGGUCAAGCUUCUUCUGUCAUUGGAGCCCCUUUGGCAGCACUUCUUUCAUCUCCUCUGAAAUUGUUAAUGCCUGGACCUGUCGGGGUUGCAGCUGCAGCAGCUGGGGUGUACUGUGCAAGCAGGUAUGCUACCGAUAUAGGAGUUCGAACUGAUGUAAUCAAGGUGGCAGUGGAGGACAUGGCUGCGAACCUCAAUUGGGAAGACCCAUGUAGGCAACUGUCGGGUGUGACGGAGUCUUCUACCAGGAAUCCUAAAGAUCCAAAAGGGGACCUUAUCACUCUGUAAAAGUAGCAAAUUACUUAAAAAAAGACCCUCCCCAAAAAAUAGACAUUCAUAUUGACCUGAAGUUCCUACUUACAAAUAUCAUAUGCUGGGUCUGCUGGGGUUGCCAUUAUAGUCUUAUUGAACUUUUU